GAAGGAUAUAAAAAUGGUUUCUGUUCCACAAUUUCUGAUUUUUUCUUGACAUAAAUUGGGGUUUUGACGGUCGAGAGAACACAUCUACAAUAAUUUUAAAUCAUGUUUCCAUUACAUUCUGAUUCUAGACGAUUGUCAGUAAAUCUAAUAGAUGAAGAUCAAACAAGAUUCAGUAGACCUAGCAGUCACAGGUUUGCGUCCAAUAUGCUGGAUGAGGAGCAACUAAAAGGAACAGGACCAUCUUAUCUGUCUCUGCUCUCAAGACGGCAGUCGGAGAUGGUUAGAGCAGUUUCUUACUCUGGGGGAGGGUCUAGAGCUAAGAGUGCAGUCCGUGAAUCCUGGAGUGCAAACCGGAGCAGUUCAUCACCUUUGGUCGGAGAGAGGAGGGAAGGAAGACGACGUAGCUUUCUUCUUCAAUUCAUGGAAUCCGGGAAAAGAAUGAGUCUGGAUGACAAUGUUGAGCAUAAGUCUCAGGUUGGAAGGUCUAGUACUGAGAUGAUAAAGUAUGGUGGAGAGUGUUCUAUCAACCAUCUUGCUAGUCAGGUUGGAAGGUCUAGUACUGAGAUAAUAAAGUAUGGUGGAGAGUGUUCUAUAAACCAUCUUGCUUGUCAGGUUGGAAGGUCUAGUACUGAGAUGAUAAAGUAUGGUGGAGAGUGUUCUAUAAACCAUCUUGCUUGUCAGGUUGGAAGGUCUAGUACUGAGAUGAUAAAGUAUGGUGGAGAGUGUUCUAUAAACCAUCUUGCUAGUCAGGUGGAUCAAGAACAGCUAAAUUCCACAGUUACUGGUCGGGACAGACGGAACCUGAAGCUUGUGAGUAAGAUAGACCGUGAGCAGGUUGGAGUAGGAGUAGAAGAUGAACCCGUCCUACCAUCUUCUCAGGGUCUCCGUGAACUCACAGAUCUGAAUACUCUAGCUGAAGCUCUACCGGUGGCUAGAGCAGCGGCUGUGUUUAGGAAAAGUGCUAGUUUUCAGGGUAAUUGUGAACGAAAACCCCUUUAA